ACACACACAUUAUAUCAUUUUCUCUUUUUUUAUAAAAUUUAUUCUUCCAAAACUAAAGUUCAUUUUCGAAUUCCUAUCAAACGGAUCGUCUGACAUAAUAUCCGUCCAUAUCUCUCUACCAUUUAUCGUCAGCUGAUUGUGUUCAAUUUACGAAUCCUUCCAGCUUUCCUUCUUAAUGUAAUCUUCUAGUAAAACCUUCCUAGGAGAAAACUUUUCUCCUCUUCUUCCGCGUGAAUUUCUAAGGACACAUGAGACAUUACUGUUUUUCUUCUUAAAACAAAGCUUUUUCACGAGAGAAACAAGUGUAUUUUAUUGAAUGAGAAAAAGAGAGAGAGAGAAAGAGACGAACGAAUACGAAGAUAAAUUUUAAAAAAAGACAUUUAAAAAUUUCGAGUAAGAACAAGAUUUUCUAAAUCUAUUUAAUCAACUUCUAUUCGAUGGACGACAAAAAUGAAAAAAUCUGCCAAUAACAAACAAUAGAAGAAAAUUUUGCAUCAACGACGAUAUUGAGUUAUAUACAAAUAAGAAAAAAUAAAAGUCCAUCGGAAGUUGAUAUGAUAUAAAAAGAAGAAUCCAUUAAGAACGCCCUAUUUGGUUUAUGCUCUACGGGCAAGAAAAAAAAUUAUCGUUGUGAUGUAAGCCAAGACGAAAGGAAGAAUAAUAUUCUUUGGUUUCUUCGAUCGAUUACAUUAUUAUAGUUAUCGAUCAUUCUCGUUGAAUAAAUGUCAUUAAUCUUCUUGAUAUCUUUUAGCCUCUAAAAUAUUUUUUCUUUUUUUUUUGUUGCAAAUUUUUCCAAAUAAAAAUUACGUUAAUAUACAAAAGUUAUGAUGAUGUUCUAUCUCGUAUAGGCAGGAAAAAAGCUUCGUUUUCGUGAACAUCGAUCAUUAAAAAAGAAAAUCCUUAGAAAAUUUUUAAUAUCCUUUUGAAGAUAAUAACGAAGAUAAAAUGUAAAAAAAGAAAAGGUGAAAGUGAAUAAUUCAAUUAGGUUCAUCUUUCCAAAAGUAACAUUAAUCUAUGGGAACAAUACUGAUGGAGCAAACUCGACGAAUCGAGACGAGAACAGCUGGCUAUUAAAGGGUACUCGUGCAUGAAACAAAAGUGAAGAAGAAAGAGAAAAAGGGUGGCCUGUUUUGGCUUAUAAUCAGAGGAUCGAUAUAGUAACUCACCAGAUCGUAUUUAAUAUCAUCGACAUGGAACUAAUGAAAACAGAUUUGCAUUUUUAAAAAAAAAUUAAAGAAGAAUUCAAAAGUGCAAAUGUGAUUUUUAUGUUUUUGUGUGCCCCAUUAAAAGUAAAUCAAGAGAAUUCUUGUAAAUUUUUUUUCUUUUUUAAAGAAGUGAGAAUUCUAUGAAUGAAUUUCGAUCAAUAAGAGGACCAUAAUAAUUAAUUAUUAUUUUCUUUCGAUAUUCAUGAUGUUAGCCAAAGAUUUUCGUUACAUCGAUCUGCACGAUUUAAAAUCAUGGCGACGAUUAGUGAAUCCGUCGUUGGAACUGUGUAAUAAAUAAUAAACUGAUAAAAAUAUAAUGUCUUGUGUUAUAAUUAUCACAAGAGGCAUCGUAAAAUCGAUUGAUCGUUAUUAUAUAAAUGAUCUAUAAGUGAUAGGGACGUUCGUCCCAAAUAAUAAUUUCUAUCAUUUGUUUGAUGAUAAUAAAUCAUGCAAACUAUUCGGAUAAAAUACAGAAGAAACGCAAAAUGAAAUUGAUCAAGGAAAAUCGUUGACAUCGAAAAUAUAUAAGUACAUCGAGAAGAAUCCAUCGGAAAAAAGAAAAGAAAGAUAAAAGAGAAGAAAGAGAGAAAAGAGAAAAAAGAAUAAGAAAGAAGGAAAGGAGAGAAUAAAAACGAAAAUAAAGAAGUGAAGUAGAAAAGCUCACGAUGCAGUCCUUGGAAAAUUCUUUCAAUUCUAUAAAUAAUUAUUCUUGGAAUACGUCGUUAUUAUGGUUCGGCAAUUACACCUUCGAUACCUCAAUAUACGAGAACGACGUAAACUCGACGGAUCUUGAAAAAGAAAAUCAAUUCAUACUGCCAUGGUGGAGACAAAUGAUAUGGAGCUUGCUGUUUGCCGGUAUGAUCAUCGUUGCAACCGGUGGAAAUCUAAUAGUCAUAUGGAUUGUCCUUGCGCACAAGAGGAUGCGUACAGUAACCAAUUACUUCUUGGUCAAUCUCAGUAUAGCGGAUGCCAUGGUGUCAACGUUGAACGUUACAUUUAAUUACAUUUACAUGCUCAACAGUCAUUGGCCAUUUGGUACCCUUUACUGUAAGAUUUGCCAGUUCGUCGCGGUACUCACUAUUUGUGCGAGUGUCUUCACUUUGAUGGCUAUCUCGAUCGAUCGGUACAUGGCUAUAGUGAAUCCAUUGAGACCAAGAAUGGGUCGAAGAGCUACUCUUUGCGUCGCUGUGGUCAUUUGGAUCGUCGGCGCCAUUCUUUCUUUUCCAAUGCUGCUCUUUUACACUACCUACACACAAAACUUCGUUAAUGGUGAAGUUCGGGUAAUAUGUUACAGCGUUUGGCCUGACAUAGACGACAAUGGACUUAGCUUUCAGGAAUACCUGUACAACGUAAUCUUUAUGAUCCUAACAUAUUUUCUACCAAUCGGCUCGAUGACUUUCACAUAUGCCAGAGUUGGUGCAGAAUUAUGGGGCUCGCAAAGCAUCGGUGAAGCUACAGCAAGACAAUUGGAAAAUAUUCGAAGUAAACGAAGGGUCGUCAAGAUGAUGAUCGUAGUGGUGGUAAUAUUUGCUGUCUGUUGGUUACCAUUUCACGUGUACUUCAUAAUAACAUCGUACCUGCCAGAGAUCACAAACAAACCUUACAUCCAAGAAGUCUUUCUUGGUAUCUAUUGGCUGGCCAUGUCCAAUAGCAUGUACAAUCCUAUAAUUUAUUGUUGGAUGAAUUCUAGAUUCCGUCGUGGUUUCGCUCAACUUUUUUCAUGGUGUCCAUGGGUGCGGGUCACCCCUGAACCUGCUCUCUCUCGUUCAGAGGCAGUUACAUCACGAUAUAGUUGCACCGGAAGUCCCGAAGCUAACACCAGGAUAUCACGGAACGGCACGGUACGAAUACCGCUGCAUCUACAAUCGACGAGAGGAGAAGGAAAUGAACGAUUUUUGGGACAUCAAAUUCGUGGAAGAAGAUGGAGAAAUACUCAAGAGAGAGGGCUCGUUUCCUGACAAGACCAAGAAAUUACUACUACUACUACUACUACUACUACUAAUCAGCAACAACUGCAACAACACCAUCAACAACAUCAACAAGUGCAUACUUGGAUAUGAAGAGAUUUAUAUCCAUAAAAGUACAUUAGCGUGCACAACUUUUUAAACAGGUUCUAUGUUAUGGCUGAAAACCAAACGUUGGAAGAAUCUUCAUAUCCUCUCAUCCGUCGAUGUAAUAACCUUUUUUCUUCAUACCAUAAUUUAUGUUUAUAUAUUAUUCCUUUUUUUUAGUAUGUACAUCACACGACGUUAUCAUGCCACGACUUACAAUGCUAAUUUUUUUUUCAAUCACAUUCCCGCUAUUACUUUUUCUUUUCCUCUUUUCUUUUUUUCAUCAACAUUACCGUCGUCUUGUUAAUUCACGCUCGUUGAUUAUGCUUAAAAAAAAGGAAUAAAAGAAAAAAGAAAGAAAAACGGACCAAUGACUAUACAUUUACUAUACUUUCCAUAAAAUUAAAAAUAAAAAAGUCUUUUUCUAAUAUGAAAAUUAAA